CAAUUUUCAAAGGAGGUCGACGCAGCAAACUUUCAAGUUACCGAUCGGUGGCUCUUCUCUCUAUACCUUCGAAAAUUAUGGAGUCCCUGAUAUACGAUGGUAUACAUGAUUACAUACUGUCCUUGAAUUUCUUCUCACCCCAGCAGCAUGGUUUCAGGAAGGGUUACUCUUGUAUGACCAACUUCCUGACUGCGGUGGACAGAUGGACAAGCAUCCUUGAUUGCAAGGGGAAGGUGGACAUCAUUUACCUUGAUUUCUCUAAAGCUUUUGAUAGAGUUAACCAUAUAUGUCUUUUCAACAAGCUCAAACAAUUGGGUAUCAAACCACCUUUAAUUGACUGGCUCAGUUCAUAUCCGACACAUCGACAUUUUAAGGUCAGGGUAAACUUCAAUUUCUUACACGCUAUGGAAUGUCCUAGUGGGGUCCCCCAGGGUUCAGUACUAGGACCUCUCCUCUUCCUGAUUUAUAUAAAUGAUCUUCUUCUACAGGUUCCUGCCUGGAGGUAUUGGUGAUCCCCUGCUACUAGACACGGAAGCCCGUUAAGCGAAAGCUUCUUCUAUUCCGUCCACAACCAUUUGAACCUUGUGUUGGUGAUGUAGUAUGUUAAACAUUGUGCACUUACUAAUCCGUUGACCUUUGAUAUAAUAUGAUUAAGGUUACUCACGUUAUAUUCGACGUCGAUGGUCUUAUUUUGGACACAGAAUCCAUAUACACUGAGUUCACAUCAAAUUUCCUUAGUGGAUAUAAUUUACAGUUUGAUUACAACAUAAAAAAACUGAUGAUGGGAAGAAAACCUCAUGAAGCCGGUGAAAUACUUGUAAAACACUAUAAUUUACCACUAAGUGCUGAUGAAUUUAUUCAACGGCAGUCAGAAUACAUUACUCCAGAAAGAUGGGAGAGUGUUCAAUGUUUACCAGGUGCAGAAAAACUUAUUUUGCAUCUUGCUUCUCAUAAUAUUCCUAUGGCUCUAGCCACUGGUUGUUGCAGUUAUCAACUUGAUCAGAAAAUGAGAAAUCAUCAGGAUAUAAUGACCAAAGUCUCUCAUUCUGUUUGCUCUGGUGACGAUCCUACUAUUAAGCAUGGUAAACCUAUGCCGGAUAUAUUUCUAACUACCGCUAACAGAUUUAAAAUUCCUCCAGAUUCCUCUGAUAACGUUUUAGUGUUUGAAGACUCUCCAAAUGGUGUUGAAGCUGCUCUGUCAGCUGGGAUGCACGUUGUUUGGGUUCCUGAUCCACGAGAACCACCUGGAAAUUUUCAAAAAUCAACUUCAUCCACUGAUAUAUCACGUGUCACUAGAUUAAAUUGUCUAUCUCAUUUUAAACCUGAACAGUUUGGUCUUCCGAGGUUCGAAAACGACUCUUGAUUAUCGAAGGAAUGUCCUACGUAACAAGAAUGUUUCAGUUUUAUUUUCCGAAUGUCAUGUCAAUGCAGAAAAGCAACUAAUGAUACUGUGGUGUGUGCUACUUAUGUAGACAUAAGUAGUAUAUAACACCAAUCAGAAGUUGAAUGCCUGGCAGCAGAAGGUUGGGAAGAUCGAAUAGAAGAGAACGGGGACAGAGUGAUUGUUAUAGUGAUGAAGAAACGAUAAAAUUUGAGACAAUUGAUGGAGAAUUUACAAAUAAAGUGUUGAACGUAUUGGUUUUCAUAUUUUACCGAAGAACUCUUUAAUUUUGUAUUAAAAUAAAUUGGUUGUUCCCA